CAGCGAAGAAGAGAGAGAAGGCGGGAAGACGAGAGCUCACUUCCGGCCGCUGGUGCUUAAAGAACCUCGCAGCACUCGCAGCAUCCCCCCCGUCCCCCCCCCGAGGACCACCGGCGCGUGUCGCCAUGUCUCCGUCCGCGUGCACAGUGUGCAUGUUGUUGUUGUCAAUGAUGACGUGCAGUUGCGUGACGGCGCGUGCAGCAGAGGGCGUACAGGAGCAGCGUGUAUUUCUUCCAGGGGGUGUGGUGUCCUCCACUGCAGCCCAGGAGGGGCCCUCUUCUGCGGGCACACCAGUCAGUAUCAGCCCCCUCCCUGGAGCCGGGGGAUCCAGUGGUCCCCCCUCACCCAGCACAGCGUGGGGUCCUCUCCACACGCCAAAGCGCACCUCUGAGGAGGAGGACCAGCUCGCCGCAGAGGUUGCGGCCCCCGUGACACGAAGUGCGGCGGCGGGUGAGGAGAGCGCACGUGUCUUUGAUUGGCAGGUUGACCCUCGUGUUCUUCCAGAAGAUUCCGGCUGCUCUGUGACCUUGUCACAGCCUGAAGGUUACAUCGACUCGUCCGAGCCGCUUCCUGUGCCCAACGGCCCCGUGUCACGCUGCUUGUACACCGUCACCGUGUACGCUGGUUACGGCGUGGAGCUGCAGGUGAAAAGCGUCAACCUGUCCGAUGGCGAGCAGCUGUCCAUCAGGGGUGUGGAUGAGGGCGGAACUUGGCUGGUCUUGGCCAAUCAGACGCUGCUGGUGGAAGGUCAGGUGAUCCGCAGCCCCAGCAACACCUUGUCCGUCUCAUACUGCUCGUCUCUGGAGGGAAACGUGGGCGUCUUCCUGCUGCACUACCAGAUCUUCAGGCUGAGCUGCUCGCUUCCCAAGAGGCCUCACUUCGGAGAGGUGUCGGUCCUGGACCUCCUGCCGGGGGGCACGGCCCGCUUCCACUGCCACAUGGGCUACCACCUGCAGGGGGAGCCAUUGCUCACCUGCGUCAAUGCCUCGCGGCCGGUGUGGAAUGCCAAGGAGCCCGCCUGCAGAGCGCUGUGCGGGGGUACAGUGAAGAACGCCACGGUGGGACGGGUUCUGUCUCCCUCUCCCCACCACGGGCCCAAUGCCACUCAGGACCGCUCGUGUUCCUGGUCCCUGGAGGCCCCCAAAGACCAGAGGCUGCACCUGCACCUGGAGCGCCUGGUGCUGGGACCCUCUGACAGGCUGGUUCUGUGGAGCGGUCUGGAUGCCGGUUCUGUGGUUCUGUUUGACUCGGGUCGAAGUGGGCACGUCCCCUUUGAGGGUGUGAUCAGCGAGGGUCCCGCUGUAAGGGUCCAGUUUAUCACUGAGCAGCCAAGCCAGAACACGGGCUUCAACAUCCGCUAUGAAGCCUUUGAGCGGGGUCACUGCUACGAGCCUUACCUCCAGAACGGCAACUUCACCACAUCUGACCCCCUGUACAGUGUGGGAGCGGUGGUUCAGUUCAGCUGCGACCCGGGUCACUCUCUAGAACAAGGCCCGCCUGUCAUUGAGUGCAUCAGCGCCAGAGACCCGUACUGGAACGACACUGAGCCUCUCUGUAAAGCGCAGUGCGGGGGUGACCUGAGCGGUCCCGGAGGUGUGAUUCUGUCUCCCAACUGGCCCGAGUGGUACGGCGAGGGUGAGGAUUGCAGCUGGAGACUCCACGUGGGCGAAGACAAGAGAGUACUCCUCGACGUCCAGCUCCUGAACAUCAGUGACGGUGAUGUGUUGACCGUUACCGACGGUGACGAGGGUGCGGCCCGGGUCCUGGGACGCUACUCGGGGGGCAGAAUCCCCUUCAAACUCUUCUCCAGCACCCCUGACCUGAGCAUCACCUUCCACUCUGACCCGGCCGGGCUGGUUCUGGGCAAAGGAGAAGGCUUCAUCAUCAAUUACAUGGAGGUGUCUCGAAACGACUCAUGUCCUGACCUGCCGGAGAUCCAGAAUGGCUGGAAGACGAGGUCGCACGUGGCGCCGGUCCGAGGCGCUCGCGUCACCUACCAGUGCGACCCGGGCUACGACCUGGUGGGCCGGGAGACCCUCAGCUGCCAACUGGACCUCUCGUGGAGCUCGCAGCCUCCGUUUUGCGAAAAGAUCAUGUACUGCUCUGACCCGGGCCAUGUGGACCACUCCACCCGGUCCCUGUCGGACCCCAAGCUGCUGGUGGGGGCCACCAUUCGGUACCGCUGUAACCCUGGCUACAUCCUGCAGGGCGGUGCCACCAUCACGUGCUACGGCCGUGAGCCCGGGACCCCCGUGUGGACCUCCCACCUCCCCCGCUGCGCCGCCGAGGAUUCGCUGUCCUGUGAGAACCCGGGUGUCCCCGACAACGGCUACCAGAUCCUGUCUAAGCGCGUCUACCUGCCCGGCGAGACACUGGCCUUCGUCUGUUUCCACGGUUACCAGCUGAUCGGCGAGGUGGCCAUCAAGUGCGUCCAAGGAAACCCGUCGUUCUGGAGCGGCCCACUUCCGCUCUGCACAGCUGACCACGCCUGCUUCAGCAGCCACGCCUUGGAAGGUGAGUGUGUGCACGUGUGUGUGCACGUGUGUGUGGUGAUGACUGUGUGUGCGUGUGUGUGUGUGUCAGUCGCGCACGCCAGCAGCGGCUCUGCGCUGGAUGGCGGCAAUGUGGCGCUAGCCGUCUUCCUCCUCAUCCUCCUGCUGUCGGUGCUGCUGGGAGGCGUUUACAUGCUCGUCACGCGGUGCCGCCGUCCAUCCAACCUGCGGCUGCCCCUCAUCUACCCCCACCCUUACAGGCAGAUCACCGCAGAGGCGGAGUUUGACAACCCGCUCUAUGAGGCAGGCGGGGACACGCGGGAGUACGAAGUCUCCAUUUGAAGAACCCGCCCCCCCUCGCCGCCCAGAGGGAGGUGAUGUAAAUAGUCGAUGAUGUCCAGCCCCCUUCUGGGGACGGAGGCGAAAUGGGGGGGGACGACAACAAACAAAGAUCAUCAUUCAUCAUCUUCAUGGCAUGAAGAAAGAGCACAGCGGAAGGACGAGCGGCCAUGUUUUCAUGGAUUUUUAGGCAUGCCAUCUUUGUGUCCGUGAACCCGACCAACCUGCCAGUCCAAGAUCAGGGUUUAUAGUGUGCCAGCUGCAACGCAGAGCUUAAGCUAGUGUUUUGCGCCACCUGCUGGCUCGUGGUGAUGUUCCUUCAUCUUUUUGAUUUGACUCCAACUGACUUGACAACAUCUUGUAAAUCUGUAAAUAAAUGAUUUCUUUUGGUCUUUAUUUAUUAACGUGGUGUUCUGUGACGUUAGAUGAACAUUUUCAUGAUGACAACACUUUCCCUAAAUAAAUGGUACAAUGUGACGUGCUGUGUCAUCUGUCUUCGUAUUGUCAUUGAGUUGAGCGAGUUGGGAAUCAACCAUGGCCGA